AUGGGCAUCUGUGGCUUCGCCGUGACGAACUUUUUUCCUGCAGAGUUCAGGAACUUUAUCCAAGGCGGCAGCACAGAAAGAAGAAUCGCAGGGUCGGAUUUAGAAAGCCUCAAGGGCCCAACUCACGUUGAUACAGGGGGCUCACGCCGACUGAGACUCUUCAUGCCCGCCGACGGACCGAACAUCAACCUCUGCAAAACCAUCAUGUCGGCCGUCGCGCUGGGCUAUCCCAUGCCCACGCUUCUGAACUGGAACGGGGAGUUCAACAGGCCCGACUGGCACUUUUCUGGUUCCCAUAUUGCGAAGCUCGAGUCGCUGUUGACAGUCAUUGGUGCUCUUUACGAAAAGGAUGACGGCGACGACGUCAAUGAGAAUGAUCUCGUCCUCCUCGUGGACGCCUACGACAUCUGGUUCCAGCUUCCCCCAUCCGUCCUGAUCGAGCGCUUUCACCAGCUCAACCUGAAAGCCAAUGGCCGGGUGCAGAAACAAUGGGAAGAAAGCGGCCUGAAGCCCGGUUUUCCCAUCAGCCCCCCGACGCAGAGCAUCGUCGUCACCACCGCCAAGGAUUGUCAGCCGGACCGGGAGUCAGGAUCCGACCCGCGGUACGACUACUGGCCAGACUCGCCCCUACCGCAAGACUUUUACGGCGAGCAGACCGACCAGGUGCUGCCGUACGUCUUUGAUUCGGCGAGGAAGUACAAGAAGAUCCGACCCCGAUGCGUCAACAGCGGGAUGAUCAUGGGCACUAUCGGGUCUCUGCGGGGCGCGCUGCGGAAGAGCAAGGAGAAGAUUGACAAGGCGGCCGCGAGCGGGCGGCAGCUCUGGAGCGACCAAGCGCUCUUUGCAGAGGUCAUUGGGGACCAGGAGGUGUGGCGCCACUGGGUCCGGGGACUCUCUUCCACGUGGAACGGUUUCGUUUCCCAUGAGAAUCUCGGGAGCCUGCCCAAGGAGGUGCGGCAGAUUGCCGACGCGGCGCUGGCUGGCGAGAUGUUCGAGUUCGGGAUCGGGCUGGAUUAUGAGUUUGCCACGAUUCCGCCUACCUGCUCCGCCGAAGAUGACGGAUACUUUGUUGAACUUGAUGAUGUCGAGGCGAUCAGGAAAGAGUCCGAAAAGGCAGGAGUCCCGGGCAACGUGAGGAUAAAGGGAACGCCGCAGGAGCUGAAAGAUGUUCCUCGGUUUCUGCCGGGGUACAGCUGGGGCAACAUCUCGCUCUACACCGACUUCUUCUUCGGAACCGCGCCGGUGGGCAUACACCACAACGCUUACAUCUUUGGCCUGAAGAAGUGGCGGCUAGAGAAUUGGUGGAGCCUGACGUGGUUCUACCCUCACUUGCGCGACCUCGUGAUGGAGGCUCUCGAUGCGAACCGAAAGCUGACACCCUUGGCGAGACUUCUCAUACAUGGCGACAGCGGGAAUGAGAUGGUGUACUGGGCGUCAGAGGAGGUGGUCAAUGGGAAGAAGAACGUUCGGGUGUUUGAUGGUUCGAAGAAUCCUGGGAGCUUUUCAUCUAUUGGAUGGAAUGGGUUAUGUCAGAAGGGAGAUGAAAAGUGGUAUGAUGUGCUUUUCGGGGAUGGAAAGGGGCCAAUGGCGGUUUGA